AUGGCGAGCGGAACAAGUCUAUUCUACCGUCUUUAUCCCAAAGAUGCAUCCAUUGAGGAUAACACCGUGAACCCAGCAGCUCGAUGGGCCAAAGUCGUGGCCCAUGGCGGCAAGCUCAAGGAAGGUGAAGAUGAAGAUGGAGAUCAGGAGCAAAUGCCGUCUGAAUCGACAAUGUCUGGUGCCCUCGCUGGUCUGGCCUUUUUGGAGGCGGAAGACAGAGCUGGCCAAGUGGAAGCCUCCCAAAAGAAACGUAAAGCGGAGGGAGACCCUUCGUAG